GCUCCUUGCAGCGCUGCUGGGGAGCCGCGGAUGAGACCCGCGACCCAGCUCGGAGCCUGCGAUUGCGACCCGGGCCCCGCACGAUCUCCUGCGCCAACCCUGUGUCCUCCCGGAAUCCCAGAUUUCCUGCUGAGGGGUCGCGGGCCUCGGGCAAGCGGGGGUCUCUGCAUCCAGGAGGACAGCAAGAGACCCGCGAGCUCUGAGAGUAGCAGCUCCACAGGGGUUCCCUGAGAAAGCAGACCACGGAGCUUGAGGCCGGCAGGAAGGUGGCUGCUGGAGGAAGGAAGGAGAGUAAAUGCAGAGAAAGGACUCCCUCCAGAACACAGAGGAAACAAGCUUGGCUGAAGAUUCCUGGUCUUGUGGAAGCCACAGCCCCACCUGGGUGUGCCCAGGGCAAUGGUGGGAGCCCUGAAGAUGCCUCAUGGCUACUGAGGGUGCUGCAAGUUGGAGAACCAGAGUGGUGGGCAUGGUGUGCAGCUUGUGGGCCCUGAUCCUGGGGCCUUCAGUGCUGGCUCUGGAAGAAGUGCUGCUGGACACCACAGGAGAGACCUCUGAGAUUGGCUGGCUCACCUACCCACCAGGUGGGUGGGACGAGGUAAGUGUCCUGGACGACCAGAGCCGCCUUACACGGACCUUCGAAGCGUGCCACGUGGCAGCGGCCCCCGCAGGCACCACGCAGGACAACUGGCUGCAGACGCACUUCGUGGAGCGACGAGGGGCUCAGAGGGCACACAUCAGACUGCACUUCUCCGUGCGGGCCUGCGCCAGCCUGGGCGUGAGCGGGGGCACCUGCCGGGAGACUUUUACCCUCUAUUACCGCCAGGCUGAGGAGCCUGACAGCCCUGACCACAUCCCUGCCUGGCACCUCAAGCGCUGGACCAAGGUGGACACCAUAGCAGCGGACGAGAGCUUCCCUGCCUCCUCCUCUUCCUCCUCCUCCGCAUGGGCCGUGGGGCCCCACAGGACAGGGCAGCGGGCCGGGCUGCAGCUGAACGUCAAGGAGCGCAGCUUUGGCCCUCUGACCCAGCGCGGCUUCUACGUGGCUUUCCAGGACACGGGGGCCUGCUUGGCCCUGGUGGCCGUGAAGCUCUUCUCCUACACCUGUGCCCCCGUGCUGCGGGCUUUCGCCUCCUUUCCUGAGACUCAAGCCAGUGGGGCCGGAGGGGCUUCCCUGGUGGCAGCUGUGGGCACCUGUGUGGCUCAUGCAGAGCUGGAGGAGGAUGGUGUGGGGGGCCAGGCUGGAGGCAGCCCACCCAGGCUACACUGCAAUGGAGAAGGCAAGUGGAUGGUGGCUGUCGGGGGCUGCCGCUGCCAGGCAGGACACCAGCCUGCACGUGGAGACAAGACCUGCCAAGCUUGCCCUGUGGGGACCUACAAGGCCUCAGCUGGGAAUGCGCCCUGUUCACCGUGCCCUGCCCGCAGCCAUGCCCCUGAUCCUGCAGCCCCUAUCUGCCCCUGUCUUCAGGGCUUCUACCGGGCCAGCUCUGAUCCACCAGAGGUACCCUGCACUGGCCCUCCAUCAGCUCCUCGGGAGCUUUGGUUUGAGGUGCAAGGCUCUUUGCUUAUGCUGCACUGGCGCCUGCCACAGGAGCUGGGUGGACGAGGAGACCUUCUCUUCAACGUUGUGUGCAAGGAGUGUGGGGGCCACCAGGAGCCUGGCAGUGGGGGCACAUGUCGCCGCUGCAGAGAUGAGGUGCAUUUUGAUCCCCGCCAGAGGGGCCUGACUGAGAGUCGAGUGUUAGUCGGGGGGCUUCGAGCACACGUCCGCUACAUCUUGGAGGUGCAGGCUGUCAAUGGGGUGACCGAGCUCAGCCCUGACCCUCCCCAGGCUGCAGCCAUCAAUGUCAGCACCAGCCACGAAGUCCCCUCUGCAGUCCCUGUGGUGCACCAAGUGAGCCGAGCAGCCAACAGCAUCACUGUGUCCUGGCCGCAGCCCGAUCAGGCCAAUGGGAACAUCCUUGACUAUCAGCUCCGCUACUAUGACCAGGCAGAGGACGAAUCACACUCCUUCACCCUGACCAGUGAGACCAACACUGCCACAGUGACACGGCUGAGCCCUGGCCACAUCUAUGGCUUCCAGGUACGAGCACGGACUGCUGCAGGCCACGGCCCCUACGGGAGCAAGGUCUAUUUCCAGACACUGCCGCAAGGUGAGCUGUCCUCCCCACUCCCGGAAAAACUGUCCCUGGUGAUUGGCUCCAUCCUGGGGGCCUUGGCUUUCCUCCUGCUGGCGGCUAUCACUGUGCUUGCUGUCAUCUUCCAACGGAAGCGGCGUGGGACAGGCUACACAGAACAGCUGCAGCAGUACAGCAGCCCAGGUGGGGCAGCAAAGGGGAUCUGCACAGGGAUUGGAGUAAAAUAUUACAUUGACCCCUCUACAUAUGAGGACCCCUGCCAGGCCAUUCGAGAACUUGCCCGAGAAGUCGACCCUGCAUAUAUCAAGAUUGAGGAGGUCAUUGGGGCAGGUUCUUUUGGAGAAGUGCGUCGGGGCCGCCUGCAGCCACGGGGACGGCGUGAACAGGCUGUGGCCAUCCAGGCCCUGUGGGCUGGGGGUGCUGAGAGCCUACAGAUGACCUUCCUGGGCCGGGCUGCACUGCUGGGUCAGUUCCAGCACCCCAACAUUCUGCGGCUGGAGGGUGUCGUCACCAAGAGCCGGCCCCUCAUGGUGCUGACGGAGCUCAUGGAGCUUGGGCCCCUGGACAGUUUCCUCCGGCGGGAGGGCCAGUUUAGCAGCCUGCAGCUGGUGGCCAUGCAGCGGGGAGUAGCUGCCGCCAUGCAGUACCUGGCCAACUUUGCCUUCGUGCACCGCGCGCUCUCUGCCCGAAGUGUGCUGGUGAACAGCCACCUGGUAUGCAAGGUGGCCCGUCUUGGCCACAGUCCUCAGGGCUCAAGUUGUUUGCUUCGCUGGGCAGCCCCUGAGGUCAUUGCACAUGGAAAGCAUACAUCUUCCAGUGAUGUCUGGAGUUUUGGGAUACUCAUGUGGGAAGUGAUGAGCUAUGGAGAACGCCCCUAUUGGGACAUGAGUGAGCAGGAGGUCCUAAAUGCUAUAGAGCAGGAGUUCCGGCUGCCCCCACCUCCAGGCUGUCCUCCUGCACUACAUCUGCUGAUGCUGGACACCUGGCAGAAGGACCAUGCCCGGAGGCCUCACUUUGACCAGCUGGUGGCUGCAUUUGACAAGAUGAUCCGCAAGCCAGACACACUGCAGGCUGAUGGGGGAUCUGGGGACAGACCUUCCCAAGCCCUUCUGAACCCUGUGGCCCUGGACUUUCCUUGUCUGGACUCACCCCAGGCCUGGCUUUCAGCCAUUGGACUGGAGUGCUACCAGGACAACUUCUCUAAGUUCGGCCUCUGCACCUUCAGUGAUGUGGCUCAGCUCAGCCUGGAAGACCUGCCUGCCCUCGGCAUCACCCUGGCUGGCCAUCAGAAGAAGCUGCUGUACAACAUCCAGCUCCUCCAGCAGCAUCUGAGGCAGCCAGGCUCAGUGGAAGUGUGACUGUGGCCUGGGCAAGAAGCUGUACACUGACAAUGCCCAGGAUUCAGCUGGACGCAGGUCCAAGGAGGGACAUGUGAGACGUGAACCAGGCUCCACUUCCACCUCCGUGCCUGUCACACUUAACCUGGCCCUCGAGAAACAAAAAAUGUAUUCCCUAGUCCUCCACUCCUCCACUCACCUCCCCCGCAUUAAAGGGAAAGAAGGGAAUUUGCAAGUU